AUGAAUGACCUCUUCACGUCGGCCUCGUUCAAGAAGUACGCCGACCUGAAGCAUCAGGUGGUGCUGGACGACCUGGAGUCCGGCGGCGGCGGCAUCGAGGCGGAGGCGGCCGCGUGCCUGGACCGGUUCUUCGAGGACGUGGAGGGCGUGAAGGAGGACCUGCGCGGGCUGGAGGCGCUGCACCGGCGGCUGCAGUCGGCGCACGAGGAGAGCAAGACCGCGCACGACGCCCGCGCCGUCAAGGCCCUCCGCGCCCGCAUGGACGCCGACGUCGACCAGGUGCUCCGCCGCGCCAAGGCCGUGAAGGCCAGGCUGGAGGCGCUCGACCGCGCCAACGCCGCCAGCCGCAGGCUCCCCGGCUGCGGGCCGGGGUCCUCCACCGACCGCACCCGCACCUCCGUCGUCACCGGGCUCGGCAAGAAGCUCAAGGACCUCAUGGACGACUUCCAGGGCCUGCGGACGCGGAUGGCGGCGGAGUACAAGGAGACGGUGGCGCGGCGGUACUACACGGUGACGGGGGAGGAGGCGGCGGAGGGGACGGUGGAGGCGCUGAUCGCGUCGGGGCAGAGCGAGACGUUCCUGCAGAAGGCGAUUCAAGAGCAGGCGGCCGCGGCGGCGGGGCGCGGGCAGGUGCUGGACACGGUGUCGGAGAUCCAGGAGCGGCACGACGCGGUGGUGGAGCUGGAGCGCAGCCUGAGGGAGCUGCACCAGGUGUUCCUGGACAUGGCGGCGCUGGUGGAGGCGCAGGGCCACCAGCUGAACGACAUCGAGAGCCACGUGGCGCGGGCCAGCUCCUUCGUGCUCCGCGGCGCCGUCGAGCUCGAGGCCGCAAGGGAGUACCAGAGGAGCGGGCGCAAGUGGGCGUGCGUCGCCGUCGUCGCCGGCGCUGUGCUUGUGGCCGUCGUCGUGCUCCCCGUCCUCGUCAACCUCCACCUACUCAGCUUGAGACGGUAG